UUGCCCUGCAGUACGCUCUCCCCAGGCUCUCGCGCAGAGACCAAGACCGUCCAGCCAGGCAAGUUCGAUCUGAGUUCCGUCUUCAUCUGGUCAAAGGCACCUUCCAGUCACUCAGCUAUCGGUGGGGGAAACUGAGGCAUAGAGACAUGACCACUGGGGACCAGGGACUUGGUUCUCUAGUCUGGGUCACCACACCCUCCUUGCAGCCUUGGCGGUCCCAGAGCAGUUUGAACAGCCCGAGCCCAGGCGACCCGACCACGCCGGUGGCAGACUCGGCCCCAGAGCAGCUGGAGGCCCUGCUCGAUCUGCGCAUCGGGGCCUUAGGGCCCGGGAUUAGACAUGCGGGAGGAGCCCCGGCCGCGGCCUCCGCCCUCGGGCCUCGCCGGUCUCCUGUUCCUGGCGUUGUGCAGUCGGGUCCUCGGCAAUGAGAUUCUGGGCUUGAAGCUGCCGGGCGGCGGCGAGCCGCCGCUGACCGCCAACACCGUCUGCUUGACGCUGUCGGGCCUGAGCAAGCGGCAACUGGGCCUGUGCCUGCGCAGCCCCGACGUGACGGCGUCGGCGCUCCAGGGCCUGCACAUCGCGGUCCACGAGUGUCAGCACCAGCUGCGCGACCAGCGCUGGAACUGCUCGGCGCUCGAGGGCGGCGGCCGCCUGCCGCACCACAGCGCCAUCCUCAAGCGCGGUUUCCGAGAGAGCGCUUUUUCCUUCUCCAUGCUGGCUGCUGGGGUCAUGCAUGCAGUAGCCACCGCCUGCAGCCUGGGCAAGCUGGUGAGCUGCGGCUGUGGCUGGAAGGGCAGUGGUGAGCAGGAUCGACUGAGGGCGAAACUGCUGCAGCUGCAGGCACUAUCACGGGGCAAGAGCUUUCCCCACUCCCUGCCCAGCUCGGGCCCUGGCUCUGGUCCCAGCCCUGGCCCCCAGGACACGUGGGAAUGGGGCGGCUGUAACCAUGACAUGGACUUCGGGGAGAAGUUCUCUCGGGAUUUUUUGGAUUCCAGGGAAGCUCCCCGGGACAUCCAGGCACGAAUGCGGAUCCACAACAACAGGGUGGGGCGUCAGGUGGUAACUGAAAACCUGAAGCGGAAAUGCAAGUGCCACGGCACUUCCGGCAGCUGCCAAUUCAAGACAUGCUGGAGGGCAGCCCCAGAGUUCCGGGCAGUGGGGGCAGCCUUGAGGGAGCGGCUGGGCCGGGCCAUCUUCAUUGAUACUCACAACCGCAACUCCGGAGCCUUCCAGCCCCGCCUUCGGCCCCGGCGCCUCUCAGGAGAGCUGGUCUACUUCGAGAAGUCUCCUGACUUCUGCGAGAGAGACCCCACUGUGGGCUCCCCAGGCACGCGGGGCCGGGCCUGCAACAAGACCAGCCGCCUGCUGGAUGGCUGUGGCAGCCUGUGCUGCGGCCGUGGGCACAACGUGCUCCGGCAGACCCGAGUCGAGCGCUGUCAUUGCCGCUUCCACUGGUGCUGCUACGUGCUGUGUGACGAGUGCAAGGUCACAGAGUGGGUCAAUGUGUGUAAGUGAGGGUCAGCCUCACUGCGGGGCUGGGGCAGGGGAGGGGCGCCUUUGUAGCCUUUUGCUCUGAUUUCUGUCCAGGGUCAAUCUUGGCCCCUGGCAGCUCAGAGUGUCUACCUGGAAACAGCUUUGGGGCAGGUGGAGUCUGUGAUGUGUGGCUUCCUCCCCCACAGUAGGAGGGCCUUGUGGGGGAGCUGUCACCCUCUUCUGCUCCUUGAACAUCUGAAUGGAAUAAGAUGAACUGUGUUGCUCUCCCAGCCACCCAACCUGGGGUCCCUUUAACUCUCAUAUUCAUAUUCCUUUUGGCUGGGGAGUCCCUAUAAUUUGCCCACUCUUUUCUUCUGAGGGAUAGCCCCAGCAUUGUGUGGAGCCAUACAACCUGUAUCCAGAAAGAGACCUCUCACUCCUAUUUGCUGUUCCUAAACUCCUCUGCUGCGGCCUGCACCCCGUCUUAGGGAGUCAUAGGAGCCAGUGGUAGAGAAGUUUUUCUUAGGGAAGGGACAGGGUGCAGGGCACUCAAAAACCCUGAAAGUUGUCUGUCAAGGCCCUUAGGGAAGCUGUCUGCCCCAUUCAGAUGUUGAAGGGAACCCUCCAAAGGAGGAAUUUUACCCAAGACUCUCUGAGCCUCUUUUUCUUUCUUAAGCAGGAGGGGUGGGAAUGGAUAAUUUAUUGUACUGAGACUUGCUCUUGGUUCUUGUUUGUAAUAAAAAUAAAUUAAGUUCCUGGA